AUGCUUGAUAUAGGCGACUUGCAAGGCUACCUUGAGAAGACAAGAGACAAGCGGAAACUCAUCGUGAAAUUUGCGGAAAAUUACUUAAACGAUUCAAAUAAUUCCACCCCGCACAAGUCCUACAAAUUAUCCCCAAUCUUCGAAACAAUGCACCGAAAUAUGACUCCAGCAAACCACACAGAGCAGCUUAGUUCCCUAGAAAAUAGGAAGAUUACUCGCUAUAAAUCGCAUACCCCUUCAAAUAAACGAAGACUCUUUGAGAGAUCUUUUAAUGCUUCAAAAAAAGAAAUCUUGGACUUUAUCUACUCCAAAGAUUCCCCUAAAAAAGCAAGGCCGUUAGUGCAAAUUCCAGUUAGCAGAAUUAAAAGGUUCAGAAUUCCUGAAAACAUUUUAAUUACGAGGUCUUAUUCGCCGGACCAGAAAGAAGUUAAAAAAUCUAAAAGCACUUGUGCUCCUAUGCUGAUGUUUCCAAAGCCGACUUUUCUAAUAAAAGAGCAGCUCUUAAUGCCGAUACUAAAAUCGCAAGAAAGAUUUUCUAUGAAACUGAAUGCAAAUAUAUCAGACCAUAGUUUGUCAGGCAUAUAG